UUCUUCUUUCUUAUAAUAAACUUUCUCACUUAUAUUAGUGUUAUUUGCUUCCUACGGGUAUUAAAUUCUAUUCUUAUUUAAAUUUUUCGAUACUAUAAAUUAUAAGGUAUUUCAUAAUAAUUAUCGUUUAAUUAAAUUUGAAAAAGAGGUAACGGCUCUCUUCCCCCUUUAGGAUUUGUUGGCAGAAUGAGUCCUUUUUCUUCUUUAAAAAAAGAAAAAUCGGUGGUGGUUGCCAUAUAACAAAAUAAAAAGGAAAGAAAUAAAAUCGAGGGUUGGCUCUAUAAAUUAUAGAUUUGGGAGUGGAAUAACACGAUGGCGUCGAUGGAGAUUUAUCAGAGAAUCGUGAGAGAAACCAAACGCAGAAGAAAAGUAAGAAGAGAGUGGAAGAUUGAGAUCCCCAAUGAUGUCAUGGAAGAAAUCGUGAAGAGGCUUCCGGUGAGAUCGAUUAUGAGGUUCCAAGCUGUUUCAAAGCAUUGGGAAUCCAUGAUUAAGACCAGAGAUUUUGGGGCAAGACACAUGGCUCAUCAGAGAAGCAAAGAUCCUAAACUCAUGCUUGUCUCGUAUGGUCUCUCUCAUAUCCGUUUUGAGCAAAGGGACUUGGAGACGACUUCUCUUGAAGAGAGCCUCCGUUUGAAAACUGAAAAGAUUGAGGGUGCUGCUAUGGCGAUCUCCGAAUGCUGCGAUGGCCUUGUCUGCUACUACAGAUUGACUCAAGCAGUGGAAGUGGUAAACCCGGCCACAGAAACGUCCUUGGUCUCACUCCCCUUAGCGAAAUUUCAGCAGCUCCAUAAAGACCAUCCAGACCGGGAUAUGGAGCAGGAGAUAGAGGCGAUUACAGAUGAAGAUGAUGGUCCUGAUCUAGUUCCAUUCAUAUCAUUUACUAGGUUUGGAUUUGGGAAAGACAGCCUCACAGGACGAUAUAAAAUAGUGUGGCUCUAUAAUAUAUAUCCUGCCACCUUGAACAAGAAGAAGAAGACCAGAUGCGAGGUUUUCGAUUUAGAGGAAUGGAGGUGGAGAUUCGUGACUACCAGACCUCUGGAUCAUCACCAAAUCUUGUCUGAUCAGAGGCCAUCGUUUGCAAACGGAUCCUUAUACUGGCUCACGGGAGAUGAACAAGGAUACCCAUCAACACAAACCAAGCUCAUAGUUUUCGAUAUUCAUACAGAGAUGUUUCAAGUCACCUCAACACCACCUUUUAUUUCCCCUGACGCCUCUGGUGACAAAAUUGGUCUAUGCAAUCUUGACGGUCGUCUGUGCAUUUCUGAGCUCAAGGGAGAUUGUACGCAAGAGUUUUGGUGGAGGGUUGAAGAAUGCGACAAGUGGGAGCGAAUCUUCUCAGUUAACUUGAUUUCUACUUCCUCUUGGUUUGGUGGUAUCGCUUCACAGCCUCUCACACCUUUGGCCAUUUCCAGGGAUAACAACAAGGUCGUCCUCUCGCUUACCUAUCACGAAAACCUUGUUGACUUUGAUCUUGAUCCUGACUCUACUGUUUAUCAUUUGUAUUAUUAUGGUUACUAUGGCUUCGCUGUUCCUUAUUUUCCAAGUUUAUCACUUGUUGAUUUCUAGCUCUCUCUUUUUUUUUUCUGAUACUAUGUAUCUUCAGUAACAUUAAAAAUGUGUUUUGUAUAUUCAAUUUACAGUUCUGUUCUUUUCACUGAUUUUUGAUUGGUUGGACACUUGACUCCCAAGCUUUACAGCUCUCACACUACAACAACUCCCAGAGCAAUGAUAAAACAAAACUCACACCCUAACCAACUCUUCUGAUUCCCUGAUUUGUGACGGACGCAAGGUAGAAACUGGAGGCGGUUGUAGGAGAGAGCCCUAGCGGAUUUGGAUUCGUUGCGAAGAAUCUAAAAUUUCUAGUUUAGAAGAAGGUGAUUAUCCAUUACGCUAAGAUAAGGCGUGCAUCUUUUUUUUUUU